CAGCCAGCAAUUCCGAUGGCGGCGCUGCCUCUUCUCCGGUGGGGCGCGUCCUCCCUCCUUGCCCACUCCUCCCCUCCCGCGUCGCGGCGCCUGUUCUCUGCCAUCCGACGCCCCCCCGCUGCCGCCCACUGCGAGCCCGGCUCCAGGGUCAUGCUCAAGGGAAUGGAUUACCCAGAACUCGAGAAAUGGGUGCAGUCGCAAGGAUUCCGACCGGGGCAGGCCAUGAUGCUGUGGAAAUGCCUCUACGGCAACAACGUCUGGGCGCAUUACCCCGACGAGCUGGCUGGCUUGAACAAGGACUUGAGGAAAAUGAUAAGUGAGCAUGCUGAUCUCAAGGCAUUAACUGUAAAAGACAUUAUCACUGCAUCCGAUGGAACCCGAAAGAUAUUGUUCUCUCUUGAAGAUGCCUCGGUGAUUGAAACAGUUGUCAUUCCUAGUGCCAGAGGCAGAACAACGGUCUGUGUUUCAAGUCAAGUGGGUUGUGCCAUGAAUUGUCAGUUUUGCUUUACUGGGAGGAUGGGUUUGAGAAAGCAUCUGUCUACAGCUGAGAUAGUUGAGCAGGCUGUGUUUGCUCGUAGGCUAUUUUCAGAUGAAUUUGGAUCUAUUACAAAUGUUGUAUUUAUGGGCAUGGGUGAGCCACUGCACAAUGUAGACAAUGUAAUAAAAGCAUCGUCUAUAAUGGUUGAUGAGCAGGGCCUUCAGUUUAGUCCUCGCAAGGUUACUGUCUCCACAAGUGGUCUUGUUCCACAGAUAAAACGCUUCCUCCAUGAAUCCAAUUGUGAUCUGGCUGUUAGUCUUAAUGCAACAACUGAUGAGGUCAGGAACUGGAUAAUGCCCAUUAACAGAAAGUAUAAUCUUAACUUGCUUCUUGGCACUUUAAGGGAGGAACUUCGCUUGAGACCUAAGUCCAUAGUGCUAUUUGAGUAUGUCAUGCUUGCUGGCGUGAACGACAGUGUGGACGAUGCGAAGAGGCUUACAGAGCUGGUUCAUGACAUUCCCUGCAAGAUCAACCUCAUCUCUUUCAAUCCCCAUAGUGGGUCCCAAUUCAAGCCCACACCCGAUGAGAAGAUUAUCGAGUUCCGUAACAUGUUAAUCCAAUCUGGCCUGACCGUUAUGGUUCGGCUAAGCAGAGGCGAUGAUCAGAUGGCUGCCUGCGGGCAGCUCGGAGAGCCUGGCCAGCUACCGUUGCUCCGUGUGCCUGAGAAAUUUCUGGCCGCCUUAUGAUGCUUUUUUUUUUAGGGAUCCCGCCUUAUGAUACUAAGCAGUAAGUAGUACAGUCAUUACAAACUAGGGAAACAGGUGGCUGGGAACAACUUCACAAAGAUAAGGCAGUCAUCUGCGUGGAAUGAGGAUAAACAACAGCGCCGUUCUUCGAAGUCAUGAUCCCCUGACCCCUGAGGCAGGCUUAGGACCGUCAAAAGAACAUUCUGAUGUGGCAUCAACAGUUGGACGGCAAGUGUUAAACAGUUGACCUGUGCUGAAUUGUAACCCAUGUUCUGAUCAAUAUAUCUCUCGUUUUGUUGCAAAUUGGGAACACUUAGUUGGCUAGUUGGUAAAACAAGUUGCAUUUUUUUGUUCUCUCCGCUUUGAUGCAAGGAGGGCUAGGUAUCAAAUAAAGACAACCAAACCUUUUGA